AAAGAAAAAAAGGGAGCAAUUAUUCAAAUCUCCUUUUUUUUUUCUUUUUUUUUUUGGUAUAUCCCAAACCCCACCUAUUUUUCCAUAAAAAUUGCCAGCUCCAAAGGACAUUUUCUCUCUCCUCUUCUCCCUUUUUCUCUCUCCUCCUGCAAUUUUCGUGCUCGUUUUCGCCUUUUUUCUGUUCAUCAUCAUCAUCAUCAAGCCUCGAGAUCGUUGAUUUAUUGAUUUAGUAUUGCUAUUUGGUUGCUUUGAUUUAUAACUCGAAAGUAAAAGUGUAAGAACUAUUUCCUGCUUCAAUUGGUUAAGAAAUCGGCAAUGUCAAGCACUACGAAGACUACUGAUCCUGCUUUCCAAGGAAUAGGCCAGAAACCAGGGACUGAGGUAUGGAGAAUUGAGGACUUCGUACCCGUUCCAUUGCCAAAGUCGGAUUAUGGUAAAUUCUACUCAGGAGACUCCUACAUUGUCUUACAGACAAGUUCUGGCAGAGGGGGUGCUUAUCUGUAUGACAUUCACUUUUGGCUUGGAAAAGAUACUAGCCAGGACGAGGCUGGAACAGCUGCUAUUAAAACAGUUGAGCUAGAUGUAGCUCUUGGAGGGAAAGCUGUGCAGCAUAGGGAGCUUCAAGGUUUUGAAUCUGACAAAUUUUUGUCGUACUUUAAACCAUGCAUCAUACCUUUAGAAGGCGGAGUUGCAUCUGGAUUCAAGACGCCAGUGGAUGAUGAGUUUGAAACAAAGUUGUAUAUCUUUCAUGGAAAACGAGCUAUCAAGAUGAAGCAGGUCCCAUUUGCUCGUUCUUCUCUAAAUCACGAUGAUGUUUUCAUCUUGGACACUAAAGACAAAAUCUAUCAGUUCAAUGGUGCAAACUCCAACAUUCAAGAAAGGGCAAAGGCUUUGGAAGCUGUCCAGUUUCUUAAGGACCAAAAUCAUGGAGGGACAUGUGACGUGGCCAUUGUUGAUGAUGGAAACCUACAAGCUGAAUCUGACUCCGGUGAAUUCUGGGUUCUCUUUGGCGGUUUUGCCCCAAUUGCUCGAAAGGUCGUUAGUGAAGAUGAAGUUAUUCCUGAGGAAAUUGCGGCUAAGCUUUAUAGCAUCGAGGACGGUAAAGUUCAAGCUUUAGAAGGUGAACUUUCUAAAGGAAAGCUGGAAAAUAACAAAUGUUAUUUACUGGACCGCGGGGUUGAGGUUUUUCUUUGGUUUGGUCGCGUUACGCAAUUGGAGGAUAGAAAAGCUGCCUGUCAUGCUGCAGAGGACUUUAUUACUAGCCAAAAAAGACCGAAGACAACACGUGUAACUCGAGUUAUUCAAGGAUAUGAGACACACUCUUUUAAAUCUCACUUUGACUCCUGGCCAGCUGGGUCUGCUGCUCCUAGUAAUGAAGAAGGAAGAGGAAAAGUAGCAGCUUUUCUGAAGCAGCAAGGUUUUGGUGCCAAAGGAGCAAACAAAAGCGCUCCUGUUAAUGAGGAUGUUCCACCCUUGCUUGAAACCAGUGGUAAAAUUGAGGUAUGGCGAAUCAAUGGUAGUGCCAAAACUCCCGUGCCAAAAGAGGAUGUUGGCAAAUUUUACAGUGGGGAUUGCUAUAUUAUUUUGUACACUUAUCACUCUGGUGAGAAGAAAGAAGACUACUACUUGUGCUGGUGGAUUGGAAAGGAUAGCAUUGAGGAUGACCAGAAGAUGGCUGCAAGGUUGGCUAACACAAUGUGUAAUUCACUGAAAGGAAGACCUGUCCUGGGUCGUAUUUUUCAAGGAAAGGAGCCACCUCAAUUUAUUUCAAUAUUUCAGCCUAUGGUUGUGCUAAAGGGUGGUCUGAGCUCUGGAUAUAAGAAGUUCAUUGAAGAGAAAGGGUUGACUGAUUCCACUUAUCCAGCUGACGGUGUUGCAUUAAUAGAGAUAUCGGAAACUUCCUUGCACAAUAACAAAGCCAUGCAGGUUGAUGCGGUGGCAACAUCACUGAACUCUUACAAUUGCUAUAUUUUGCAAUCGGGCUCUUCAAUUUUCACUUGGCAUGGCAAUCAGAGCACAUUUGAACAGCAACAACAAACUACUAAAAUUGCUGAAUUUUUAAAGCCUGGAAGUACUACUAAACAUGCCAAAGAAGGAACUGAAAAUUCAGUAUUUUGGUCUGCACUUGGAGGGAAACAACCUUACGCAAGCAAAAAAACAUCUCAGGAACUUGUCAGGGACCCACACCUAUUUUCCUUUUCUUUUAAGAAAGGAAAGUUUCAGAUUGAGGAUAUCUACAAUUUUACCCAAGAUGAUCUGUUGACUGAAGAUAUGAUGAUACUUGACACCCAUAUUGAAGUUUUUGUUUGGCUCGGUCAGUCAGUUGAUACCAAGGAAAAGCAGACUGCUUUUGAAAUUGGCCAGAAAUACAUUCAGAUGGCUGCAUCAUUAGAAGGGCUAUCUCCACAUAUUCCUCUUUACAGAAUCACUGAAGGAAAUGAGCCAUGUUUCUUCACAACUUACUUUUCAUGGGAACCAGCUAAAGCCAUUGUUCAAGGGAACUCAUUUCAGAAGAAGGUCAUGCUAUUAUUUGGUGCUGGCCAUUCUGCAGAGAGUCCAGCUAGAUCAAAUGGAGGUGCUACACAGAGAGCUGAAGCUUUGGCAGCUUUGUCAUCAGCCUUCAAUCCCUCUUCUGGAGAAAAGUCCAGUUCUCCAAAUAAGUCAAAUGGGUCGAACCAAGGUGGAGCAACUCAACGAGCUUCUGCUUUAGCUGCUUUGUCAUCUGCGUUGAACCCAUCAUCUGAAAGCAAGCCUGCUGCCGUUCCUACUCCAAGGCCAGUUAAUACUGGUCAAGGAUCACAAAGAGCAGCUGCAUUGGCUGCUCUUUCAUCAGCCCUUACAGCUGAAAAGACACCCGAUGUAUCUCCUCCCCGGUCUACUAGGAGUCCAUCUCCACCUGCUACUACCCCUCCUGCUCAAGAAGAGACUGAAAGUGCUCCAGAGGUGACUGAAGAGUCACAAGAAGCUCCAGAAGAAGUUAAGGAAACUGGGAGUGUGGAUCCUGUACCUGAGAGCAAUGGGGAGGAGUCGGUGUCUAAAGAUGAUGCUGAACAGGAAGACUCCAUUUCUGGAGAUACACAGAGCACAUUCACUUACGAGCAACUGAGGGCUAGAUCUGAAAAUCCUGUCACGGGAAUUGAUUUUAAGCGUAGAGAGGCCUAUCUAUCCGAGGAAGAAUUCCAGUCUAUAUUUGGUGUGACGAAGGAAGCAUUUUAUAAACUUCCGAGAUGGAAGCAAGAUAUGCAGAAAAAGAAGUUCGAUCUGUUCUAGUCUCAAAAUAUGCUGCUGCGCAAGUUCGUGAUCUUUUUGUAAAAGAAGUGGGUCUUACAGUACAUUCAGCUUGGUUUGUUUUUCUGUAUGGUGCCUGCAGGUUGGUUUGUUUUUAUAGCUGUUAAUAUUGGUGUUGAUUUUGGGAUACUGGUCAGAAGAGUGAUUUUUGUAUCUCUUCACUUAUUCCAUUUGUUUUAGAUUUUUUUUUUCUUUUUUUAAAAAGAUGUGUCCAUUCUUUUCUAUAUUAUAGUAUUCAUGUAUUCUAGACAAAAAUUUAAUCCUUUUGUCCAAGGGUGGUGUAUAUGUACUGUAAGAAGGUUGUGUUCAGGUUGAUUACUCAAGAGUUUCAAUGAAUUGUUGUGUUGAUUUAUGGUA